UUAUGUCAAAAAUUUCAUUGGUUGGUUGCCAUGGUUACCCGUUGCUAGGAAAAGUAUAGGUAAAAUAUGGCAUUUUGCUGCUCGAGGCCUAACCAAAUAACUGAAUAAACAUGCUUUAUUUCAAGCGACUUUUUGGCCGCGUAUGUUCCUCAAGGGUCAGAUGUAUGGAUUGAGUAAAGCGAAUUUUCGCAACGCUGACUCGUCUUCCAGAGAACUGAUGCGGUAUUCUUCGGACGAGAAAAAAGCUAAAACAGGGCGAAACAGACAAUAUCUCGACAAAAUAAAUGAAAGACAAAACUUCGAUUUAAAAAUCGGUUUCAUUUAAACACUAGGUGGUACUAAUGCCUGCAUUGACAGAAGAAAUUGUAAAGCGUGUGCUUCGAUCUUGAGAAUUCUUGUUUCGCCUGGAUUCCGAACUUAAACUUAAAGAUUAUUUUAUGGACAUUCUUUUCUCGCAAUCGAAAACGGCCUGUUUACAACCGGGACAGCCGGAUUAUUACGCAUGGUCUGAUUAUGUUUUUUUUGCAAUGUCGUGGUGACCGGAUUAUGAACGCUGAUAUAAAUGGCUUGCCAGGCAGGCUGUGAUUGGCAUUUUCUUCAAACUUUUGUGAAUUAAACAUUCUCUGGAAUAUAGAACACCCCUAAAAACUAGACAUGGCGAAAGAAAAAAGUCUAGACGUAAUUCUUAGUAUAAACUACUCUUGUAGUAAAUACAUUUCAACAUAAUAUACUUUGAAGUAACUAAAUUUCACGGAACCUAAAUUAUUCUUUUUGCGGGAGUUAAGUUUGGUGAAAAGUUAUUAAACUUGCGAAUCCCAAAAUUUAGUAUUUGCCACGAAAUUUCGUUUCAUUUGAGAACAACAACAACUUUGCCACCAGGGCUAUCUGCUUGUCAGAAGUGAUGACGAAUGAUAUAAAAGCGGUCGGCCCCGUUGAUAUUUGUUCUAUAAGUCUCGAAUAAUGUUUGACUGUCAUACAUAAGCUGGCCUUCCCCGAUUAUGUGCGUUCUAAAAUAAGUGAGAAAUAAUAUUUGACUGUCGUAUAUAAACUGGCCUGCCCUGAUUAUGUUCCUAUAAGUGCCAAAUAAUAUUUUUUGAGUAAUAAGCCGGCCCGACCUGAUUAUGUUGCCCUGAUUAUGUAUUUUCUGCCCUGUUCUUAACCGGGGCAAGCUGCCGUACUUUUAUCAGGGCAGCGUUUAUUAUCCGGGCAGAACAUCGCCAACUCAUCCAACUUACACGACUAGAACAUUUACCAAACUCAACACAAAAUUAAGUUCCGGGAAUUAUACAUACUGUUGUUUCCAAUAAUACUUUUUCAAAAAUACGAAAAGUUGUCAACAUGGCCAGCAAGGGAUAUUCAACGAUUCAGGUAUGCCAGGUACACUGUAUGGUUGCUCAGAUAAUGGUUGGAUGACUACUGAUGUGUUUGGCGAAUGGUUUAAACACUUUUGCAGAGUAGUAACAGAUCGGCCACUUUUGCUUCUCUUUGACGGCCAUUUGUCGCAUGUGUCUGCCAGCCUUAUCUUAAAAGCCAUGGAGGAAGAUCUGACAAUCAUGAAAUUUCCACCGCAUGUGACAGAUCUUCUACAACCGUUAGAUGUAGCAUGUUUUGGUCCCCUGAAGAGAGAAUGGGAACGUGUCUUAAAUGAAUGGUGUGUUUCUUACGGUGGUAAGCGUCCUCUUCGAAAAGCUGACUUUGUGGAGAAACUUGGACAGUGUUGGCAAACCGCACUUACUGAAGAUAACAUAAAAGCAGGAUUUAGACGAACAGGGAUAUUUCCGAUCGACAGAACGAAGUACCCGGAGAAAAGAUUUGACCCACGGUUACUUAAAAGAUAUAGAAGAUGGUGCGAAAUGGGAAAACCAGAGGACGUUAUGGAAGAACUUGCUCGCGCUUUAAAUACGCCGAAAAAAAUAAAAGAGCCAACGAAUGUAAAUGCCGCGACAACGCCAACGCAAUCAAUCGACACCACACAAUCGCCGCUUCUUGCUAACGCUUCUUCAGCAUCCUUUAUUGACGCUCCUUCAACUGCAAGCACCAAUCAAUCGACGCCAAUACUUCCUGCAUUUGAUAAUCACUUUUGCGAAGUAUCGAAGUUAAUUGGGCCUAAGCCUUUGCCCUACCCUGGAAAGGUUUGGGUGCCCAAAUGGGUACUGGAUGAUCCUCCAUCAACAUUUGAAGAAAAGCUGCUAUCUUCAAUUAAGGGUCCAGUUGAGAAGACACAGCCAGUUCGCCGAAAAGUUGAUUGAAAUGAUUAUUUGCAAAAGUUGGUCGAGAAAAAAGAAACUAAAAAACCAACCCCGAAGCGUCGAAAGAUCGAGGAAAAGGAUAAAGAGGAUAGUGACAUAGAAUCUGUAACCGAUGAGGAGAUAGUUGAGGACGAGGAUGAAGAUACAGAUAAGGAAGAAGAUUAUGCUGACGAGGAAGAAGACGAAGCAAGACUUGUUAAAUUAUGGAAGUGGUUAUCACCACCAACUCAGGAGGAAGAGAUUGUUGGGAAAUGGUUUGCUGUCGUCUUUAAACCCGAGUCAGCAAAUGUAAAGAAAAGAACGCCAGCCGCUUCUCUUUACAUUGGAAAAGCCACCACUCGAUUCCUUUUAGACGCAGAUGGUCCAGCAUGUGGUAUUGAAUUCGACUGUCUGAAGCCACAUGUUAAGAACGGUACAAUAUUAGAGUCGUAUACAGGAACCAUGCGGGAUAUUUCACUUUUUAAGGUCCACGAUGUAAUAGCUGGUCCUUUGGAGGUGUAUCCAGAGCGAGGAAACAAAUGGAGUGUUCCUGGUUAUCCAAGCAUCGAAAUGUUUUUUAAUAGAGUGAAAAAUAUAGACAGAAAACAAUUGAUUAUGAUCGAGGUGUAAUAUGUGUGUCCAAGUUAAAACACUAUUUCCUCGUCAAAUGACUGCAUUUUUAACUUCUUUGUUUCCCAAAACUGAGAUUUUUAUUAUCAUAACUGUUUAUUUUGUUACCUAUAACAAGAAAAAACAAUUUCAAAAAACUAGAAUAUCGACCGUGCGUAGUUUUCAAUUGGAAGCGCGUAUUUGUUUUAUUAUUUGACCAGUUAAAUAUCCGCUCAACCGGAAUAAAGUACGCAUGCAAAUUUUUUUAACGGCAACCGGCGUAUUUUCUAAGGGCGAGGGAAGUUAAAAGAUACGCAAUGUUUUUCUCAACUUAAAGGAGUAAUACAAGACGGAGGCAAAUUCUAAUAAUUGGAAUCUUAAAGUAACUAAACUGCUUGCGUUUUAAAAUAUUAUUUAUUUUUGGUUAGCGAUUUUAAACACAUUUAUGCUUUAAAUUUCCGUAAAUGCGUAUUUAUUACCAGACUUGACUAUAUGUUUUUUUUAAAAAAAAAAUUGUUAAAAAUUCACAUUGGUAAAAAAAAAAAAUCCUAAAAAUUUAAGAACCAAAAGUUGCGAUAGAAAUGCUUUUUUAGAUCGCGUUUUAAAAUUUUAAAAACGAAAAGCAGCGAUAGAAAAGCUUUGUUAGAUCGCAUUUUAAAAGUUUAAGAACGAAAAGCGGCGAGAGAUUUUUAUUUAAUUUCACAUUAUAAGUUUAAAUCAUUUUGUUUAUAAGUACCAAUCCUUCGAAAUUCGCACGAAUAGCAUUUAGAAAUGGUUGUUUGUCAGUUCUGAUCUUUUGAAGUAAUAAGAAUGGCAUUUAGAAAUUGUUAAUGUUUAUUUCAAGGCUAGCUGCAUAGCGAAAAGUUAGAUUUCUAUGAAGAAGUUAUAUUGAAAAUUAAAUUCUUAUAACCAUUCGUUUAAAAAAUCGUAUCGCAAUUCGUAUUGGAAAAUCCUAAUAAUUUGUACGAAAAAUUCAUAUAAGUAAAAAUAUAAUUCGUAUCACAAUUCGUAUGAAAAUCGUAUAAAAUUCGUAUAGGAUUUUUUAAAAAUCGUAUAACUAAUUAACACUAUACGAAUUGUAUACAAUUUUUAUACGAAUUAUAAGCAAUUAUAUUUGUAUAUAUUCGUAUAAAAUGUCAUACGAAAUUUGUAGUUGACCCCUAACCCAAUCAAAACUUGCAGUUUAGCUCCAUUUAUUUGCUUUUGGUUCCAGAGUAAUAACACAAACUGAUAGAAACAAUGUAUUUCUAUUGGAAUAAGUAGGUACAACACGUUCUGUAUGUGUUGCACUAUUUAUAGAAAUUUUUGGGAUUGAUAGGAAUGCAGAUGCCUCCCUCCAAGCUCCGUUACAUGCGCAAAUAUAUUAAUGCAUAUUUUGAACAUUAUGAUAUGCUUAACAGGCGUCUUCAUGCCCUGAGCAUCAGGCACAUUAAACAGAUGAGAUCCCUUGACUGUCAGGUACAUCAACAUUUCCUGAGCGUCAUGCACACGCUAAUUACUGGUGUUUUUAUUCGUACCCUGAGCGUCAGGUGUAUGAGAUAUACCCUGAGCGUCAGGCGCAUCGACAUGCCCUGAGUGUCAAAGUGAAGAUUACAGUAGGGAUGCCCUGAGCGACAGGCGCAUCGACAUGUCCUGAGCGUCAGACACAUGCUAAUUACUGGUGUUUUUAUUCAUACCCUGAGCAUCAGUUGUAUGCGAAAAUUGAGAUGCCCUGAGCGUUAGGCACAUUAACAUGCCCUGAGCAUUAGGUGCACG